GUGUUUUUUACUGGACUAUUUAUAUUCAGGUACCUCCGUCUGAUUGUGCACAUCUUCUCAUUCUGGUACUUGUACAAGCCAACUCCAGUGCCUUCGAGCCCUACCCUGCAUCCAUCGGACUGCACUGUUAUCCUACCCACUGUGGACCCUGAAAACAGAGACUUCAAAGAGUGCAUCAACUCGUGUUUGGAAAAUCGGCCAGGUGCCAUCAUAAUCGUCACUGUAGAACACAAGCUGACAGCCUUGACCAAGCGCAUCAUAGCCCCGAUCCAAGCGCGAUAUCCCAACACCAUCAUCAGCGUCCAGACCACCAAGCAUGCUAACAAGCGCCUCCAGGUAGCCCACGGCGUGCAAGUCGCCAAUACCGCAAUUACAGUUCUUUUGGAUGACCAUGUAUUUUGGCCAUCCCCUAAAUUCCUUCCUACGAUCCUCGCCCCGUUUGAGGAUCCCAGCGUUGGGAUCGUCGGCACCAACAAGCGCGUCCGUCGCACUGAAACUGGCUUCAACUUCCGCUCCUUCUGGAACAUGCUCGGAGCCAUCUACCUGGAGCGCCAUAACUUCGAGAUCCGCGCGACCAAUGGGAUAGACGGGGGCGUGUUCGUCGUCUCCGGGCGCACCUCUGCCCACCGCACCAAGAUCAUCAAGAGCUUUGCCUUCCUCACUGGAUUCACCAACGAGCGCUUCUUCUUCGGUCAAUUCGGCCCCCUGAACGCCGAUGACGACAAUUAUAUCACCCGCUGGAACGUCUCGCACGGGUACAAGGUCAAGAUCCAGUACUGCCCCGACGCCCUCAUUGAGACGACUCUCGGCACCUACCCGACGUUCCUCUCUCAGUGUCUCCGCUGGGUGCGCACCACCUGGCGGAGCAAUUCAUGCAGUCUCUUUACCGACCGCACUGUCUGGUACCGCCAGCCCUGGUGCGUCUACGCUGUCUACCUCACCUCUUUCGUCAAUUUCGCGCUCUUCUACGACGCCGCCCUCGCUUACACCCUCUACAAAAGCCCCCUCGGCAGUGUCCAAAACCUCACCCUCCUCGCGAUCUGGAUCUUCUGCACAAAGAUGGUCAAGCUUACCCCUUACUUCCUUCGCGAGCCCCAGGAUCUCAUCAUGCUUCCUGGUUACUUCCUCUUUGCUUACUUCCACAGUUUAAUAAAAUUCUACGCCGGCCUCACCUUCUGGGUCACCGCCUGGGGCAGCCGCAACCUCGAAGACGUCCAC